AUGAGGGCGCGGGGGGCGCGGCCGCGCAUGCGCGGAGCGGCCCCGCCCGGUUCAAACGGCGCGCGGGAGCGAGCCCUGAGGGAGAGCGAGGCAGCAGCACCACCCGGGAGUUUCCCCCCGGUGGAGGAGGUGGAGGAGCUGAGCCAGGAGCUGCUGCGGGAGCUGAGCUCGGGCUGCACCGAGGAGCUGCUGCGCCGGGGGCUGCAGCGCAGGGAGCGGCUGCAGCGGCGCCUGCGCGACACGCAGGGCCGGGCGCGGCAGCUGGCACAGGCCCCCAUUUUGCCCCCGUUUUGUUUUGGGUGCCCAUUUUGCCUUGACCCCCCCACGGCGCUGCGCCGAGCCCUGCAGGAGCUGCAGCAGCAGCUGCAGCAGCUGGAGCAGGAGCAGCAGGAGGAAGAGGAGCACAGCCUUCUUCCUGACGUGUAUGUGGCACAGCUCUACUACGAGAUCAGCCGGAUCGACUGGGACUGCAGCGCCGAGCCCGGGCGGAUCCGAGGGGUUCACUACGGCCCCGACAUCGCCGUGCCCCUGGACAUGGACGGGGCCCAGCACUCGGGGACCUUCGUCAGCGACUUCCUCUGGGGCUUGGUGCCCACCCAGUGGAGACCCCGGAGACGCCCGGUGCUGCCCAGCGACCCCCCGGCACAGUGACCCCCCCCAAAAACCCUGGAGACCCCUCCCCAUUAAAGCACAAAUCUCUUUAUUCCUCAAUCUGGCAAUCAAUUAAAACCAACCCGGCCUCAAAACCUGGCAGGGAAAAGUCCUGUGAGCUUGGUGCCCACCCAGUGGGGACCCCCGGAGACCCCCGGUGCUGCCCAGUGAGCUGCUGGCACCGUGACCCCCUCCUCAAACCCUGGAGACCCCUCCCCAUUAAAUCCCAAAUCUCUUUAUUCCUCAAUCUGGCAAUC